CGGUAAGGUUAGUCUUGAUCCUGAUUUGACACAGGCGCAGCGCACGUCGGUAGGGAUCCCCAUCACGCAUGCACUGCAUCCUCUUCGGUGUACAAAAGGCAGAAGCUCAGUGAAGAUCUACGACCAACUCUCCCCGCCGUCAUCGCCUACGCCUGUUCAGCAUGCCCGACCCGUCUCCCAAAGCUCUUUCGCUCGCCGUCUGCCUCUACCCAGGGCUGACUUUGCUCGACAUACAAGGACCUCUCGAGAAUCUCAGCCUCCUGACAGCCGCCAACCGCUCGAAGUUCUUGCCUACCGCUCCGGGUCCAUGCUUGGGGCCCAUUGUUUACCUCGCAGACACGCUUGAACCUAUCAAGUCAGGAUAUACAGGCGAGGGCGGUCCGCGCUUGCUUCCUGAUGUGACCUAUGCAGAGGCUACUCAGCAAUAUGACAUUGUCCUCUUAGGCGGCGGUGUCACCGGGACCCCAGACGAGGUACCCAAAUCCCUGCUCGAUUUCCUGAAUCGUCAAGUGGCAGGAGCAACAUAUGUGCUCACCGUCUGUACCGGUUCCUGGAUCCUCUCCGCCAUUGGAGCACUCGAUGGACGUCGUGCGACCACCAACAAGGACUACUUCAAGCGUACCGCCGAGGCCACGGCUUCGCACAACAUUGACUGGAUCGCGAAAGCGCGGUGGGUCGUAGACGGCAAGUUCUGGACUAGCUCAGGCGUUAGCGCAGGCAUGGACAUGGCAAACGCGUUCGCCAAGCAUCUAGCGGGUCCGGACGUUGCGCAUAUCAUUGCGAACGUGAUUGAGAUGCGCGCGAGGGGGGCUGACGAGGAUGAAUUUGCCGAGAUUCAUGGCCUGGCGUGAUGUAGUUGCUGGAUGAAGCUUUCCGGAUCAAAGCGAAAAUGGGGCGUUACAGCAAACUACUCGCAAGAGAUUGUGGCGCAGUGAACGUUUGAUUGUCAUUAUUUGGUCGC